AUGUGGCAACAUAACAGAUUUCUGGCAGUACUUGGCUCUCUAAGCCUGCUGCAGCCAUGUCUUGCCACUCGGGACGCAGUUAUUCAUGAUGAAAGCUGGCACCCUGAAUAUGUGCUGAUCGCAACUGCGCAGAACAUAACCACCAACUGCCACUCACGCCAUUCCGUAGUCUUCAAUGGCACAUCACCAGGACCAGCACUGUAUAUGCAAGAAGGGAAGACGACGUGGAUCCGCGUGUAUAAUCACAUCGAAGAUAGCAACGUGACAGUACACUGGCAUGGCCUGUCCCAAAGAACAGCACCAUUCUCCGAUGGCACACCGUUGGUAUCUCAAUGGCCUAUCGCGCCUGGCGAGUUCUUUGACUACGAAGUCCAUCCCGAAGUCGGCGACGCUGGAACAUAUUUCUACCACUCGCACGUGGGUUUCCAGGCGCUCACCGCACAUGGUGUCUUGAUAGUUGACGGCGCCAAUGAAACCAGGCCGUAUGAAUACGAUGACGAUAUCCCCAUCUUGUUCAGCGAUUUCUAUCAGAAGGAGGACCAUGUCCUCGAGGCCGGGCUAGUGGCGAACCCCUUCAAAUGGACGGGGGAGCCGGAAGCUAUAAUCAUGAACGACCAGUCGGGCAAUGCGUCUUUCACAAACGCCUCAGAUGACUCCUGCAAGCCUCACGUUAUCACUGUUGAACCAGGAAAGACAUACCGAAUGCGCUUCAUAAGCGGAACCGCUUUGUCAUUUGUCAUGGUUGGCUUCGAGGGGCAUGAGGAUCUCACGAUUAUCGAAGCCGAUGGGCAGUACACAAAACCAGCAAAGACCGACCACAUUCAGCUUGGCAGUGGCCAGCGUUUCAGUGCACUCUUGAAAACGAAGACACAGGAGCAGCUCGACGCAGAGGGGAAGACGACUUACUGGAUUCGAUAUGAAAGCCGCGACCGGCCAACCAAUGUUACGGGUUAUGCUGUGUUGGAAUACAAAACUGUGGGCUGCAAGAAGACGAAGCGAGAGCUACCCCAGGAUCUACCGUCCGUGUCUCCAGUGACACUGACUCGCAACGUCUCGGAGUACACCAGAUGGUUAGAAGACACACUCGAGCCCCUGAGCCCGCUGGACACCUUUCCAACAGCCUCCGAGGUCACUCGAACGGUCUAUAUUCGAGUCAAUCAGCACGUCAUCGAUGGGUUUUACAAUGGAUCUAUCAAUGGGAUACUCCAAUGGGACGCCAACAAUCUGAGUUGGUCAGAAACCGCCUUGGCCGCACAGCAGUUCACUCCAUAUCUUGUAUCGGCCUACAAGACUGGUUCUGUGCCGGACUACGAUGCUGCUAUUGCCAAUGGGGGAUGGGACCCUAAGACCCGCGCUUUUCCUGCCUUGGUCGGUGAGACGCUCGAUAUCGUCUGGCUCAGUAACUCUGGCCCCACGGGAGGCUUCGAUACCCACCCGAUGCACGCCCACGGCGAGCAUUAUUGGGAUUUAGGCUCCGGCAACGGGACGUACGAUCCAGAAGUAAACGAAAAGAAGUUCGCCAAUUAUACCCCUGCGAAGCGAGACACGACACAGCUGUACCGUUAUGCAACAACCGGGCCGGCCUUCCACACGAGCGGCUGGAGGGCCUGGCGUAUCAGGGUGACAGAGGACAACGUAGGUGCUUGGAUGAUGCAUUGCCACAUUGCCGGACACAUGAUUCUUGGUAUGCAGACCGUGUGGGUGUUCGGUAACGCGGCAGAUAUCGUUGGUGAGAUUCCACAACCGUAUGUAGAUGGGUAUCUUGAAUAUGCAGGGUCAGCCUACGGAAACGACAGUUACGAUCCUCUUGUUGUUCCUUUUUACGACUCGAAGUAG